CUUCGUCACAGGCCCCGCCUACUUCCUGUUUAGGUGCAGCCCUUCCUUCCGCUGCCUGCCUGCGGGCGCCAUGGAGGCAGAUGAUACAGGAAAUCGACUUCGGUUCCAGCUGGAGUUAGAGUUUGUUCAGUGCCUGGCAAAUCCAAACUACCUCAACUUUCUUGCACAAAGAGGCUACUUCAAAGACAAAGCUUUUGUAAAUUACCUUAAAUAUUUACUUUAUUGGAAAGAACCUGAAUAUGCGAAAUAUCUGAAGUACCCUCAAUGUUUGCAUAUGCUAGAGCUGCUCCAAUACGAACAUUUCCGCAAGGAAUUGGUAAACGCUCAGUGUGCGAAGUUUAUUGAUGAGCAACAGAUUCUGCACUGGCAGCACUAUUCACGGAAGAGAAUGCGCCUCCAGCAAGCACUUGCAGAGCAGCAGCAACAGAACAACGCCUCUGUAAAAUGA